UCCGUUUUUCUUGACAUCAUGUUUCUGUAACGUCAUCUGGCCUCCGUGACUUUUUUCUUCUGUCAACAGAGACGAUAGGUUCGCCAAAGCGGAAAGAUGUGCAGGAGAUCACCAUACGUCCACCCCCACUCCAGUAACCACACCACCGGCCGUCACUUCGGAAAUCCCCCUGGCCAAUGCUAGCACGAUACCCACAGUGCCCUCUAACGUAACGCUGGGCCCUGCUUCUACACUUGGACCUACGAAUGGCAGCUUCACCUUACAACCGGCAUCCAGCGUUGCCCCUGGCAACCACACGACGCCAGCUUCCACCACGGUGCCGUUUACAUCAACAGCGCCCCCUACAGCUCCUCCCGAACCACUGCAGGGCCGCUACGUUUUGAAAAACGCGACUGGCGACGUUUGCUUGCUCGCCUACAUGGCUUUACAGUUCGACAUUGCUUACGCAAAACUGGGCCAUAGACAUGGAAUAGGUGUUUUCAACGUCCCAACCGACGCUGUUACGUCAGGGUUCUGUGACAAGACAGUAUCUAACAUCACGUUGUCUUUUUACGGUGGAACUUUUGAUCUCACGCUUUCAUUCCAAAUGGUGGACGGAGGGAGGUUCUUCCACCUGUCUUCUGUUGACCUCCAUUACGUGGAGGUACCAGGAAUCUUUCCCCAGACGGAGACACCAAACGCCAAGAGAAGCGCGUCUAACGUAACGCUGGACAUGUUCAGGGCUAGCUCUGGCAAAUCUUACAGGUGUUCUGAAGACAGGGACUUUGUCUUAACAACAAGCGUCACCCUGCACACCCGGCUAGUUCACGUGCAAGCCUUCGGGGUCAACAAAGGACAGUUUUCUACCGCACAGGAUUGUGGGAUGCGGAGCAGUAAUAAUGAGUUGGUGGCGGUUGUGACAGGUGGGUCCCUGGGCGGAGUCAUCAUCAUCGCCAUCGUGACGUACUUUGUCUGUACCAGAGGACGCAGGACCACCAGGGAUGGAUAUACCGCCAUUAACUGAUAUUUAUGCUUACAGGUCACCACUGAGCAAAAACAUAUUGUUUUUGCUCAGUUUCCUCUUUCAGUAUCUUGCCAACAGUGGCAACAUUUGUAUUUUUCACAAAGCAUGUACAUGUAUAAUUGUGGAAGAAUCAGAGAAAUGUAAGGGUUAAGGUACAUGUAACAGUCAAUAGAGAUAUAUCUACAUUUGUGAUUAUUACUACAUUGCAAUACAUUUGUGAUAACUACUAAUAUCAGGUUUAGUCUAAGGAAAUAAACUUUAAGAUACAGAGAAUUCUACUUACUACGUAGUAGAAUUAGUUGUAACAGUAGACAGGUUUAUUUUUCAAUGAAGGGAAUAAAAGCUAAAAAAAACGUGACUUGUACUUUUGAUAGCCCUUUGCAUCUGAUAUCUGCAUUGUGAUGAAUACAUAAUGAUGAAUGCAAAGUAAUACUAGUACAAAGUUUUGCAAUAUGUAACAAACAAUGGUUUGAUAAGAAUUUUCAUAGCAUGUUGUUGACCACAGAGCCAUUCAGGCAACCAGUACGGUAAUGCCUGCAAGUCUGCAGUCUGUG